AUGGCUGCUCCUCCCAGGAAAGGUAGCUAUCCAACUCUCAACAGCGAGUACCGCGACCGCCGGGCCGACGCUAUCAAGAGGGUCAUUGCGAACCACACGAUCGGCAAGGACUGCAGUGGUCUCUUCCCCGAUGUCGUCAAGAAUAUGAAGAAGCUCGUCUACCUCUACCUCAUGAAUUAUGCGAAGACGCAGCCUGAGCUUGUUAUUCUCGCCGUGAACACUUUCGUCAAGAACCCCCUCAUUCGAGCCCUCGCAAUCCGAACGAUGGCGAUGCUUCGUGCAGAGAAGAUCCUGAGCUACCUCGCUACGCCUCUUUCGCGAUGUCUCCGGGACGAGAACCCGUACGUGCGCAAGACGGCUGCGCUGUGCGUUGCCAAGGUGUUUGACCUGAAGCCGGAGAUGUGUCUCGAGUACGGCUUCAUCGAGACGCUGCGCGACCUCGUCGGCGACGGAAACCCGAUGGUCGUUGCGAACGCUGUCACGGCGCUGGCGGACAUUCACGAGGCGGCGCUCGCGAUGCCGGAGAGCGAGGACGAGAACGCACCGAACAAGUCGCUUUUCAUCAUUGACCAGUCCACGCUUACCAAGUUAUUGGUCGCGCUGAACGAGUGCUCGGAGUGGGGCCGUAUCGCCAUCCUCUCGACCCUGUCGCGGUAUCGCACAAAUGACAUUGACGAGGCCGAGCACAUCUGCGAGCGUGUCAUGCCGCAGUUCCAGCACGCCAACGCCGCCGUCGUACUCGGCGCGAUUCGCGUCAUCAUGAUCCACAUCAAGCACGUGCAGCGCGAGGACCUCCUGAAGAACCUGACACGCAAGAUGGCUCCGCCGCUCGUGACACUCAUCUCGUCGGCGCCGGAAGUCCAAUGGGUCGCUCUCCGCAACAUCAACCUUUUGCUGCAGAAGCGCCCCGAGCUGCUGCAGAACGAGAUGCGCGUCUUUUUCUGCAAGUACAACGACCCGCCGUACGUCAAGGUCGAGAAGCUCGACAUCAUGGUGCGCCUUGCGACUGAACGCAAUGUCGACAUUCUUCUGUCCGAGCUGAAGGAGUAUGCGUCCGAGGUCGACGUCGACUUUGUGCGCAAGGCCGUUCGUGCGGUCGGACAGGCGGCGAUCAAGAUUGAGGGUGCGGCGGAGCGUUGCGUCGGCGUCCUGAUGGAGCUGAUCGAGACGCGCGUCAGCUACGUUGUGCAGGAGGCGGUGAUCGUGAUCAAGGACAUUUUCCGAAAGUACCCCCACAGCUACGAGGGCAUCAUCCCCGCGCUCUGCGGAUCGCUGGAGGAACUCGACGAACCCGAAGCGCGUGCGUCCCUGAUCUGGAUCGUGGGCGAGUACGCCGAGAAGAUUGAGAACGCGGACGAGCUGCUCGGCACCUUCCUCGAGUCGUUCAAGGAGGAGUCGUACGCCGUGCAGCUGCAAACGCUGACGGCCAUCGUGAAGCUGUUCCUGAAGAAGCCCGACGAGAGCCAGGGCAUUGUCCAGGCCGUCCUGCAGGCGGCGACGAAGGACUGCGACAGCGCCGACGUCCGCGACCGCGCGUACAUCUACUGGCGCCUCCUCUCCUCGGACCCAGCAGCGGCCAAGGGCGUCGUCCUGGCCGCCAGGCCACCCAUCAGCCUUCCGCAGACAACAGUCAGCCCGGCGAUCCUCGAGGAGCUCGUGGCCGAGAUCUCAUCCCUGGCCUCCGUGUACCACAAGCCAGCAGCGACCUUCAUCGGCAAGGGCCGCCUGGGCGCCGAGGACGUGAAGCGGGAGGACGAGGACGAGGGGCGCGAGCGCGCGCUGCAGACCGUCGUCAACGCGCAGCGUACCGAGAACCUGCUCGACUUUGACGACGAGCCGGCCGCCGAGGCCGGGAGCUCCUCAGCCGACCUCGCCAGCCUCGGCGCGCCGAGCGCGAGCGCGAGCGGGAUCAGCCAGCAGACGAUCACGAAUGUGGCCAAGAGCACGAACCCCCUCGACGAGCUCAUGGACCUGUUCUCGAGCACGAGUGUCGCGCCCUCGGCGCCCAGUCCCGCCCCCAGUCCCGGGUUCGCGUCGCCCGGGUUUGCCUCCCCGGCAGUCGCGUCCCCCGCCCCGCCAGCCCCGCAACAGCAGCAACAGCAGCAACAGCAGGCUCAGCAGGCUCAGCAGCAACAGCAGAACGCAGACCCCUUCGCGAGCCUCAACUUUGGCAGUGCCAGCCCCGCCAAGGCGGCGUCACCAGUACAGCCCCAGCAGCAACAGCAACAGCAGCAACCCAGUAAUAAUAAGCCCCAGUCGGCCGAGGAGGACCUCCUUGGCUUGUUCUAG